AGAAGUGCAGCGCGCAGGAAGUUGUGAUGAUAGAGCAGAGGAAAGAUCCACGGUGAAGAGGUGGGUGCACCUGCUUGGAAUAUAUUGAAUGUAUAGUGAAUAACCUCAUAGGAAUAACAUGGAUUACAGAAAAGAGGAAAUGUGGAACGAUGGUAGAUAUGAAUAUGAACGGUUACCAAGACAUAGGCUUCCACCUCGUGAAGGUCCUCCUGAGGGAGAUUAUCACAGAGUGGUCAGUGUGGUCAGGAGACCAGAUGAUGAAGGGUACCCCCGGUAUGAAGAUUACAGUGAUCCAGAUUUCAGAGACUAUGAUGACCCCCACGCAUAUGAAAGACGAAGUGGGCCAUAUAGAGGGGAAGAUCCAGUAUAUAGGUGGGGAAGAGGAGAGCCACCCUUGAGUCGGCACCUAGACUACAGAGAAAGCCGGGAAGGCUUCAGAAGAAAACCUCUCUAUCACCCAGUCUAUAUGCGGGAUCGCUCACCUCAAAGAAGAGAAUCUCCAUUUUACCGGGAGUCUCCAGUGACACAUAAAGAUUCUCCACACAGUAGAUCUGGCUCCAGUGUCAGCAGCAGAAGUUAUUCUCCAGAACGGGCCAAAUUUCCCCCCCAUCAGUCUAGAAGUAAAGAGAGACCUGGCCCACAUGGUUUAAGGUCAUCUAAAGAUGCAUCUCCAUCAAGCUCAGUAGGCAUUCCUCCAGCAAAGACUGUAGAAAUUGAUAAAGGGAGUCGUCUGGUGGAAAGUACUUUCAUUGAAGUUGCUUCCAAAUGGGUUUCUGAGAAAAUGGACAAGGUUUCUGAAAGCAACUUGCCGGAUGCAACAGAAGAACUUGUAAAGGCUGGCACAUCAUAUGCAUUAUAUGCCGAUCAAACAGCAGAUCCAGAAGCAAGCAUUUCUGUGAACCCAGAACUUUAUGAAACUUCUCCACUUGGCAACCGCUCAAAAGCAAUUGCAGCAAAAACGAAGGAAAUUGAAGAGGUCUAUAGGCAGGACUGUGAGACGUUUGGCAUGGUUGUAAAGAUGCUCAUAGACAAGGAUCCUUCCCUUGAAAAGCAAAUCCAGUUUGCUUUACGGCAGAAUUUAAGCGAGAUAGGAGAGAGAUGUAUUGAAGAGCUGAAGUUGUACAUUGCAGAAUACGAUGCUGCACAUCAAGACCUGGCAUAGCAUCUGAACUGGAAUCUCAAAUAUUGAAACUCGGACUGUAUCUUUAGCAAUUGUAUUUUAAAAUAUCACCAUUGGUAAUGACUGAAUAUUGUUUUAUUCACUAAUACAGACGGUUCAUUUCCCAUUAAGUUACAUAGUCUAAUGUGUAAAUAAUACAUUGGUCAGUUGCAUUUGAGUGUUUUAGCCAUAGUUUAUUUUUUACUUGUUUUACUGACUUUUUUUUUAUUGUGCUAAAUGCUUUGUUUCCAGUAAACUUACUUUGUACUUCAAGCGUCUCACUGGUUCAUUUUUCAACCACAUGAAAUCUGUUAUAAAUGUCUACGGGGUCUCUAUUUCUGAAUAUGUAUCUAAUUUAUUUUGUUUCAUGCAGAAGAGGAGUCUUGUGAUUCUUGAAUCAAUCUGAAAUUGUAUAUUUUAAAACUAUGUCCAAAAUAGAGAAAUAAAUUUCACAUGGACCCCA